GCCCGCUUCCUCCUCCCGCCCCGCGCCCCGCGGGCAGCCCCCUGCCGCCGCGCCAUGUCCGCCGGCUGGUUCCGGCGCCGCUUUCUGCCGGGGGGUCCGCUCCCCGCGCCGCGGCCCCCCCGGCCGCGCGCCAGCCCAGUGCCCUACCGGCGGCCCCGCUUUCUGCGCGGCUCGGGCUCGGGCCCCGGCCCCGCCGACGCCCCGCGCAGAUCGGACGCCCGGCCUGUGCGCAGCCCGGCGCGGGGCCGCGCGCUGCCUUGGAAUGCAGGCUACGCCGAGAUCAUCAAUGCAGAGAAAUCUGAGUUCAAUGAGGAUCAGGCGGCCUGUGGGCAGCUGUGCAUACGGAGAUGUGAGUUUGGGGCUGAAGAGGACCAGGAGUGGCUGGCCCUGUGCUCAGAGGAGCUUCUGACAGGUCAUUACUGGGCCCUGUUUGAUGGGCACGGCGGUCCGGCCGCGGCCAUCCUCGCUGCCAACACCCUGCACUCCUGCCUGCGCCGGCAGCUGGAGGCCGUGGUGGAGGGUGUAGUGGCCACUCGGCCCCCCAUGCACCUCAGCGGCCAUUGCGUCUGCACCAGUGAUCCCCAGUUUGUGGAAGAAAAGGGCAUUAGGGCGGAAGACUUGGUGAUCGGGGCUCUGGAGAGUGCCUUCCAGGAAUGUGAUGAGGUGAUCGGGCGGGAGCUGGAGGCCUCGGGCCAGGUGGGCGGCUGCACAGCCCUGGUGGCUGUGUCCCUGCAGGGAAAGCUGUAUGUGGCCAAUGCUGGGGACAGCAGGGCCAUAUUGGUACGAAAAGAUGAGAUCCGGCCCCUGAGCUCGGAGUUCACCCCAGAGACUGAGCGGCAGCGGAUCCAGCAGCUGGUAGGUAUCUUGCAGAGGGAGGCUGUGGAUCCCCAACUUGUGAGUCCCCAGUCACCAGAGGCCACCAGAGAGCCUGAUCUGUGCCUGGCCUCCCUACCCGAGGCCUUUGUCUACCCCGAGCUUCUGGCUGGUGAGUUCACCCGACUGGAGUUCCCUCGGCGACUGAAGGGUGAUGACUUGGGGCAGAAGGUUUUGUUCCGGGAUCACCACAUGAGGGGCUGGAGCUACAAGUGUGUGGAGAAGUCGGAUCUCAAGUACCCACUGAUCCAUGGGCAGGGUAGGCAGGCUCGGUUACUGGGAACAUUGGCCGUCUCCCGGGGCCUGGGAGACCAUCAGCUCAGAGUCCUGGACACAAACAUUCAGCUCAAGCCCUUCUUGCUCUCUGUCCCACAGGUAACCGUACUGGAUGUGGACCAACUGGAGCUACAGGAGGAGGAUGUGGUUGUCAUGGCAACUGAUGGUCUCUGGGAUGUCCUGUCCAAUGAGCAGGUGGCACAGCUAGUGCGGAGCUUCCUCCCUGGCAACCGAGAGGACCCACACAGGUUCUCCGAGCUGGCCCAAAUGCUGAUACACAGCACACAGGGAAAGGACGACGGUCCCACAGGAGAAGGGCAGGUGUCCUACGAUGACAUCUCGGUGUUCGUGAUUCCCUUGCACAACCAGGGCCAGAGGAGCGAUGGCCACUGAGGAUUCAGACACUAUACCCCAGAACCACUCUGGGGCCGAGUAUAGUCCGGGCAUCCCUCCAGUCAACAGCAGGCCUACCUGCCCUGCCCCCGACACGAUGGGUUGAUCCCACACCCCAGCCCAUCUCAAGGAGAGCAUUUACAGCAGGCAGUCAGAGCUUGAAGAGUACGGAGAGCCCUGCUCCCCAGGUCCCUCUUCAGGCAGGCAGGGCAAGAGCGCAGUUAUCAGGAAUCUCCCUUAACGUAGGAAACCCAUGUGGGGCUCCUCUGACAGGGUCUUUGCAACUCAACGUUAUUCCCAGAUGGGGACAGCCGGACUAAGGGCGCUGGCCAUGAAUGCUAGGAGGGGCAGAAGAGCCUGUUUGAAUCUAGGUCUCCAACCCAUGAAUGUCAGAGUAUUUACUCAAUUACCUCCAAAGCCUAAGGAGGGUGCCUUAUGGGAAGCUGUGGGUAGCCUCCUGUCUGCUCAACAGCCAUCUUAAAUCAGCCCCUUGAGAGACCAGCCCAGCCCAGUCCGGCUCCCCUCUGCCACUGGAGGUGAGGCCCAGGCCCAGGUGCUAAAGGUGGGGCAGAAUAGAAAGAGGCAAGAGGAGCCCCCCAGUUUACUAAGCCAGGAAUGUCCCUGAUAACUCCCUCCUGGCCCCAGCUCUGCCCCAAGCUGAUGUGCCAGCAAUGUGGUUUUGUUGCUCCCCGUCCCCUCCCUAUUAUUAAAUGUUUGUGUGCUGAA